GUGGACAUUGCCAUUAUGGACCAGUGUUGUGACAGGAGAUGGUGUGCACACUAAGAAACCAUUGGGACGUGACUGCAUGGAGGAACUGGACUGGUGGUGGCCCCUUUACUUCCCCUUUGCUGCCUGAGGGACCAGCACCCACUAAGCUAAGCCCAGUCCAGCUGAGUCAGCUGAGCCCAGCCCAGCAGAGUGCAUUGGAGCCAGAUCCAGCUGAGCAAAGCCCAGCCAUCAGGGAGCAAGACGUGGCAUACACAAGGUUCUGGUGAUGCAGGAACUGCCUCUGCUGUGCCUGAUGCUGCUCCUGCUCUGCAGAGACAUGGGUAUGAGUGCCCAGGGCUUCACUCUGCACCAGCCCCAGGACAAGGUGUCAGUGGAACAGGGGAAGACGCUCACCCUGAACUGUACCACGUCUGGAAGGGAUAUAAUAGGUCCUGUGAGGUGGCUGAAGAGCUGGGGCAGUGAGAACAAGACCAUCUAUGACCAGAGAGAGUCCUUUCCCCGUGUGACGAGAGCAGUGGAUGGGUCCGACACAGACUUCACCAUCCACAUCAGGAACAUUCAGCCUGAGGACAUGGGCACCUACUACUGUGUGAAGUAUACCAGGGGAGACACUGGUGAGGAGGUGGUGUUUCAGCGUGGCAGUGGCACAGAGGUGUCUGUGCAAGCCAAACCCAGCCCUGUUCUGGUGUCUGGGCCUGAGCAGAGAGCGGUGCCGGGGCAGUCGGUGCCUUUCACCUGCACAACUGGAGGGUUCUUUCCCAAAGAGAUUGGGGUGAAAUGGUUCAAGAACAAGAAUCCCAUGGUGGCUCAGCAGCCCCAGGUCACGGAAUGGAGUUUGAAAACCUACAACUUGUCCAGCACCGUGAGAGUGACCCUGCAGAAGGAUGAUGUCCCCUCAGAGCUCACCUGUGAGGUGCAGCACUCCACGCUGCCGGCCCCGCUGCGUGGGAGCUUCCAGCUCAGCAGAGUCCUGCGAGUUCCCCCCAGUGUUGAAGUGAGCGCUGAGCCGAGCCCCGCUGAGGUGGACAAGACUGUGACCUUCACCUGCCUCGUGAAGGAGUUUUACCCAGCAGCUGUGUCCAUUUCCUGGCUGGAGAAUGGGAUUCAGAUAAAGGUGGAGGAUGUCUCCCAGCCAUCAGAGCUCAGCAAGGGCUUGUUCAGGCUGGAAAGCCAGGUGGAGGUGCAAGCGAGGGAAGAGAAAAACGGCUCAACAAUCACCUGUGUGGUGGUGCACGAUGCCCAGGCCCCUGCCACCUCCUCAGCCUUGCUGUGGAUCUCCAACGUGGCCCACAGUCGGUCCCAGAUGGGUCAGAACUUUGUGUCCAGCCUCCUCCUCCUGUGCCUUGGCAUCCUGCUGGAGAAGGCGCUCCUCGCUGGGCUCCUCUUCUUCCUCUUCAAGCACAUGAAGAGCAAAGCACUGGAGAUGUUGCCUUAUCCUGCUCCACCCCAGUCCCUGGCUCCUCGAGCCGGGUCUCAGGACUUGCCCACAGCCACCAGUGAUGUGUGAACCUGGAAAUAAAUGAAGCAGGAUACAGAGGCUGCCGUGGGCUGCUCCCCGAGCCUCCAGUCUCGGGUCUGUCUGUGGCCUUACACCCGCCCUGCUCUGGGGCUUGGCGCUGCCCGUCCCCGGGGCUCGGUGCUGCCCGUCCCAGUGCCCAGUGCCCAGUGCCCAGUGCUAUA